UUAAAAAAAAAAGCCAACAUUUUGAUUUACAUACAAAUAUAUAUAUUUUUUAAACUAAAUAAGCAUGGAUAAACUAUAUGUUGAAUCAGAUCAUACAGAUGGACCACAAAAAAUUGAACUUAUGAGCAACAGUGAUACUGAAGACAUCGAAGAACAUGAAUUCACAAAAUUAACUGAUAUAAAUAGAAAGAAGAUUCCGAAUUAUAUUGUACCACCUUAUAACGUGACUCCUCUCAUGUCCUACAAUGAUGAACGCGCCAUAGAACUUGUUUCCGUUAACCGUAAUUCUACUCUGCGAGAACGUUGGCAUAAUUAUCUGACGUCCAAGCGUCAAAGACCUGCUAAACUGCAAUUAUUUAGAGACACGCUGCAGGAAAUGCCAAAACCUCGUAAAUUUAAUUUGAACGGUCAGUUUUACGAUGCUAUGAAUAGACUAUGCCCUGUUCCGUUUAUUCCCAAAGUUACCAAUAAGGUGCAGAAGACUGCAGAAGAAACUAACGGAAAAUAAAUAAGCGUUAUAUAAUUCGAGCUUUGAACAAUCAUUCUUAAGCUAAGAAGGAUGUCGUUUUUGUGUACACUUUUCCUUAUGAUGUGAUUAUUCCUUUGAAAGAAGGCAUCUUUAUAUUUUUUAUGUUUAAUAAUGUGCUUAAUAAAUUAAAUAAUGCUUUUAGACAUCUGGAAUACCGUUUGUAUAUAUAUUUA